AUGUCUGAAUCUAGAAGCGGUGGAGAUGUUGGCAUCUCAAUGCAAACCAAUUACCAAAGCAAGGUUGUUGCACCAAGAAACCCAACCCUUUGUAGAGGACCAAAAGCAGAACAAAAAUUUACACCGUCAACAUUUCUCAAAGAAAUGUCACUUGAUACGCAACAAAAAUUGUACAACACACGCGAAAUGUACAUUCCAAAAAUUAUCGCGUUAUCGGAUAUGUCUGAAACAACAUUGCAAACGACAUCAAAAGUAGAGAUCGAUGAACCCUUAUUUCAGCCUUAUCCGUCAGAUAUUGUUUUUCAAAAAUUUGAACCAUUUAAGACCUACGAUGUACCACUUUUAUUAAGAAACAAUGAUAAAGUUGCACGUGCUGUUAAAGUGACACAAGUAGACACACCCUAUUUUAAAAUUAUUGCGCCACCUAACGCAGCGCACAAAGUGGCACCAGGAGUAGCCAUUGUUUACAAAAUACAAUUUAUACCAGAAGAGCAAAGGGAUUACACUCAUGAAAUCAUCAUAGCAACUGAACGUGAAAAGUUUUUAAUUCCGAUCCGAGCAAUCGGUUCACGUGCUAUUCUUGAUUUUCCGGAUGAGGUUACAUUUCCAACAACAGCCGUAAAAAGUACAAACAGUAAAGUGUUGUUUGUACGAAAUGUGGGUACGAGAGAAGCUCGAUUUGUAUUGCAAGCGAACAAACCCUAUUAUGUAUCACCUGAAAAUGGUAUAUUACCGGUUGGUGAAAGUAUGCAGGUAACUGUUGAUUUUAAACCAACUGUGAAUGGAGAAAUUAAAGAUGAAAUGAUUGUUGCAUAUGACACAGGAGAGAAAAUUUACGUUCAUCUAUAUGGUGUUUCUCAAGAUAUUAAUGUUCGAUUAGAUAAAAAGUCUGUUAAUUUUGAGAAUACUCAUAUAACCAUGACAAACCAGCGUACAAUUAAAAUAAAUAAUUACAGUGAUCAACUCGUUCAUUACCAAUGGAAACAAUAUUCAACCGAAAGAGAAGAAGAACAACAAAAAUUAAAACAAUUACAUGCAAUAUCAGACGAUGAAAUAAAUGCUAUACAAAAAUUGAACGGUUAG